AUGAAUUUAGAAACGGUGGAAGAAGGGCCACAGCUUGGAGAUUCCCAUGGGCUACUGGGACAGCGAGGAUACUUUAAUGGGCUACCGUACAGUGAAUCAAUGAGCACGUCUGUAGAUGAGAAAAGCACAAGAAGACUUCCUUAUGCAUUUGAUCGAAGCUUGUCUAACGUGGUGAGUUACGAGAACAUGAAGAGAAAUAACAGAUUGGCAGAUUUUCGUGUCAAGCUUGUUGUUGUUGGUGAUGGAGCUGUUGGUAAGACAUGUUUAUUAAUGUCCUACGUUCAAAAGACAUUUCCAGAGGAUUAUAUUCCCACCGUUUUCGAAAAUUAUGUUACAAAGAUAGCAGGUCCAAAGGGGAAAUAUAUAGAACUGGCCCUCUGGGAUACCGCAGGCCAAGAAGAAUACAGUAGGUUGAGACCGUUAUCAUACACAGAUGUCGACAUUCUCAUGGUAUGUUAUUCCGUAGACAACAAAGUUUCUUUGCAAAAUGUUCGAGAUCAAUGGUUUCCUGAAGUGAAGCAUUUUUGUGGUGAUACACCAAUAAUGUUGGUAGGUUUAAAGUCCGAUUUGUAUGCCCAGGAUAAUAUAGACGAUCUGGUUGACCCGAAGGAAGCUGAUAUACUAGCUAAGAAGCUGGGGGCAUUUGUACACAUACAGUGUUCUGCUAAAACAAGACAAAACAUCGACGAUGUCUUCAGUACGGCGAUCACAUCUCUCUUACCUGACGAUUUGUCUUCCUCUCAGAAGAGAGGGGGUGUAUCACUGAUAACAAGAAAAAUCAAGAGAAUGUCCACUAGUAAAAAACCCUCACUGGAAAUUGUGCCAUCCGAUGAAGAGAUUACUGGUCUAGAAAGGAAGAAGAAAUUCAGGACUCACAAGUGCGUCACGUUCUGA